GGGGCGGCGGCGCUGAGCGGCGCUGCGCUGCCCCGGCCUCGACCUCCCGCGAGCGCGGGUGCAGCGGGCGGUGGCCGCUAGCGGACCCCAGGGCGACCCCAGGACGCCGGCAGCCGCCCCGGGCUUGAGCGAGAUACUUGUGCCAGGAGCUCUGCCAGGAGCUGGAGGUGUAGAGACAAACGAGAAGCGGCCCUCCCUACCGAGCGGAAGAGAUUAUUCCCCGGACACCAGUAACUGACGCAGGUGUGGGAAACGCCAUGGGUGCAAGAUAAACACACGGUGGAAACGGCAUCGCGGGCUGGCUGCAAGAAGACCUUGGGGAGGAGGGGGCCUCUGGCCUGGAUCUCUAGGAGUGGGACUUUGGGGGGCAUUGGGAAAGGAGCAGCCGUGUUCCAGGUAGUAGGUUCAGUGUUAGCAACGGAAUUCCAGGUCUGACAGUUAACUCCUCAGAGCCUCAGGUUCCUCAUCUGUAAAAUGGUGAUCCUAAUAAUCAGCUCACAGUUGCUAACUGGUCCAACAGUGCGCUAGAAGGGCUGCUGCAGAAAUGUCAGCAGUGGAGGCAGUACAAUGUGAAGGGGAGAAGCAGUUAGGAUCAGAAGCCUGAUCUUGGAGAUGGCGUUUAAUGAUUGCUUUAGUCUGAGCUAUCCUGGUAACCCCCAGCAAGGAGACUUGAUUGAAGUAUUUCGUUCUGGCUAUCAGCACUGGGCACUGUACUUGGGUGAUGGUUAUGUUAUCAACAUAGCACCUCUAGAGGAUGGCAUUUCUACAUCAUUUACAAGUGCCAAGUCUGUCUUCAGCAAGAAGGCCCUGGUGAAGAUGCAACUGCUGAAGGAUGUUGUGGGAAAUGAUACCUACAGAAUAAACAAUAAAUACGAUGGGACAUACUCCCCUCUCCCUGUGGAAGAAGUCAUGCAACGGUCAGAGAUGGUUAUUGGACAGGAGGUGGAAUAUGACAUUCUUGUCAACAACUGUGAGCAUUUUGUGACUUUGCUUCGCUAUGGAGAAGGAGUUUCAGAGCAGGCCAACCAAGCAAUAAGUACCAUUGGGUUUAUGACAGCUGCUGCUUGUGCCUUCUCACUCCUGGGCUUGUUUCCAAAAAGACAAAGAGCAAAAUACUAUUAACAAUUUACUGAAGAAAUAUUGGAACUGAAGGAAUUUGUGAGGAGGAGAAAAAAAAACUGGGAUGAAUACUUAUUUUCAAUGCAUCAUUAUUGUUCCAAAUUCCAGUGAUGGAUGGCAGGCUCUUUAAUAAAUUGCUUACUGAUAUUAUCUCA